AAAAAGGUGUAGUGACUGUGUCUGAGAUCAGAUCAGAGAUAUAUGGCGAAUGCUGCUGCUGCUGCGGCUGCUGAUUACUUCUACUUCAGCCCAGCAAUUUCCAAACUACUACAACGUAUGUACGUAGUACAAUCACCAAUGUAACCCUCUGUUACUUGCAAGAGCUAAAGCCCCUCCCCUCCCACCAUAUAUAUCAGUUGAUGAUCAAAUGGUUUUUAAAUUUUGGAAAGGCAAGGAUUAAAAGUGUUGGGAGAUUUCUAUUGUAUUUAUUUUUCUCCAUAUCGUGAGGUCUCACGAGUGGGUGGCUCACUUUUCAGUGGUCACUACACUACACUGGUCUCUUCUACUACCCAUCCAUCCACCCACCCAAUCAGACUUGCAGAACUGUGGCAUUUCACUGUUGGUUUCUUGCAUGGAUCUGAGUGUAUCUAAUCCGGGGGGCGGGGGCGGCAAUAAUAAUAAUAUGGUGCGGGAGUACAGGAAGGGCAACUGGACCCUCCAAGAAACCAUGGUUCUGAUUGAGGCCAAGAAAAUGGACGAUCAGCGGCGGAUGAAGCGGCUGGGGGAUUCCGGCGAGAGGGGCAAGCCGGCGGAGCUGAGAUGGAAGUGGGUGGAGGACUACUGCUGGAAGAAUGGGUGCUUGAGGAGCCAGAAUCAGUGCAAUGACAAGUGGGACAAUCUCAUGAGGGAUUUCAAGAAAGUCAGGGAGUACGAGAGGAGAGCCGUGGCGGCGACGGAGGAGGAGGGCAAGUCGUCGUAUUGGAGGAUCGACAAGAACGAGAGGAAAGACAACAACUUGCCCUCUAACAUGCUGCCUCAGAUAUACCAAGCCUUGCUCGACGUGGUCGACAGGAAAUCAGGACAAGGACACUCGAGUUCCAAUGUCAGCCCCCCACCGCCGCCGGAGAUGUCCGCCGUCAAUGUCUUGCCCGCUCAGGCUCAGCACCCAAUGCCGAUUUCCAUGCUGCACUAUCCUGUCGUCACUCAGCCUAACAUAAUGCGGCCGCCGCUGACGCAAGCGCCCGGCGAGCCAUCCGUUCAUCCCGCUCCGCCAGUAGAUUCCUCCGAUACGAGUGGCGGCGGCGGCGGCGGCGAGUACUACACAGACUCGCCGGCGAAAAGACGACGGAGGAGGGGGAGCGAUGGGGAAGGGACGAGCGGAGGUGGGGACGAGGUGGGGUCGGCAAUUUCAAGGAGUGCCACAAUCAUAGCAGAGGCGAUACAGUCAUGUGAGGAGAGAGAAGAGAAGAGGCACAGAGACCUGCUGGCUUUGCAGCAGAGAAGACUGCACAUUGAAGAGUCAAAGACUGAGAUCAAUAGACAAGGCAUUAAUGGCCUGGUCGACGCCAUUAACAACCUCGCCAAUUCCAUCCUUGCUUUGGCCAACCACAGAUCCCAUUCCCAUUCCCAUUCCCAUUCCCCUCCUCCUCCUCCUUAAUAGGAGUAUAAUCAAAUUCAUUCCAAUUAGUCAUAUUCCAACCAGCCAAUUACUAGGUACAUUCAUACAUCAAUUGAUGAUGAUGACGACGAUGAUCAUUGAUCAACCAACCCUUCUCAAUUAAUUGUUUGUACAGACCUGAUUAAUCCUGAUGAUGCUCCAGCUCCUCCUCCUCCUCCUUCCUCCUCUAGGGUUUUAAUUCUUGAUUGAUUAUUAAUUAGAAUUAUUAUAUUAUUAUCAAAUUCAAAAUCUUGUAGUAG